GUACGUUUCACCACCAAAUCCAUUUACCACGAUACUUACAGUCAUGUUUUGCAAUUUAUUGAUCCCUAGGCAUGACAAUCUACCCCUGGAAAUGAUUCUCUCUCCAAUGCAACUAUAUCAUUCAAAAAAACCGCUUGGCCGUUGUUGUUGAUCGAAGAUGAUAAGAUGAAGUAUAUGAAGACACAAGGGAAAGGAAGUGGAAGUCGUUUCAUCGGAUUUGGUUUGAAAAACAUAAAGGGUAUUGUGAUUGUGGCUCCCUUGUUUUGCCUCCUGUCGACAGGUUGUUGCACCUUGGCAGUCCCUGCCCUCUACGCAAUAGUCCAUCUUGGUUCUUCCUUGCUGCCUAAGGGUACGUUGAGUUAUGGUCACAUAAAUGGAAAAUCUCUUCCCACAAGUGAAGAUGAUGAAGAGUGGUAUUCCGUUGAUGCUCGUAUCAAAUCAUGGUUCUAUAGCACCUGUGAUCCCAGUUUGUUGCAGAUUAUCUCUAGCGAUGAUUGUACCGCUAAAGAUCUUUGGGACAAGUUGGAUGAGUUUUUACGGAACAACAAGAUGUCACGUAUGUUGCAAUUACAAGAUCAAUUUCGCAAUACUAAGAAGGGUUCCAGUUCUAUUACUGAAUUCGGUCACACCCUUAAGAAUCUUGCUGAUGAUCUUAAGGAUGUUGACUUUACUAUAACUGACAUUGAACUAGUUAUGUAA